AUGGCAGGGAAGAUCUUAUCCAUCUCGGACCUUGAAGCCGUAGCUGGCCAGACCCUUCCGGUUGCGACUCGAGACUUCUUCAACUCCGGCGCCACGAAUCAAGUGACUGUCCAUGAGAACUCGUCAGCGUAUCGAAAGUAUCGCAUCCUACCGCGAGUCCUGAAAGAUGUCUCUCAAGUCAGCACCAAGAUCAGCCUUUUCGGCCGAGACAUCACAUUCCCACUCUGCGUAUCUCCAGCAGGGCUCCAGGGAAUGGCUCACCCAGAUGGAGAGCUAGCGACGAGUAGAGCAUGCUCCAAAGCUGGCGUAAACAUGGGUGUCUCUUCUUAUGCCAAUCACUCUGUGGAGCAAAUUACUACUGUUGGCAAGCAGAUUGGGCCAAUUCAUCACGUUAUGCAGCUCUAUACUAUGACGGAUCGCGAGAAGGAAGCUCGUAUUGUUCGUCGAGCAGAGGCAGCAGGCUGCAAGGCCAUAUUUCUCACUGCAGAUAGCCCUGUUCUCGGUGUUCGAUACAAUGAAUGGCGGAGCGAAGCUUUUAAACCACCCGCGGGCCUGGCGUAUCCAAUGAUCGAAAAGACAUCAGAGCAGAUCCAGUCGCAGUCUCAUGAUGAUGGAUUCUCAUCAUUCAAUUCAGACUCUCAUUCAUGGGCAAAUGAGAUUCCUUGGCUGCGCAGUAUCACUAAGAUGGAGGUAUGGAUCAAGGGAGUAUUGACACCUGAAGAUGUUGAGACGGCAAUCGAAUAUGGCUGCGACGGUGUGAUCAUCAGCAAUCACGGUGGACGGCAGUUGGACGAGACGCCGGCGACUAUCGAUGUUCUUCCUGCUUGUGCAAAAGCUGCGCGCGGUAGAAUUAGAAUCCAUAUUGACGGAGGCAUCAGAUCUGGUAGUGACAUUUUCAAGGCUAUGGCUUUGGGCGCGGAAUGUUGCUGGGUUGGCCGUCCUAUGCUUUGGGGGCUAGCGUACAAUGGCCAGGAAGGAGUUGAGUUGAUGCUCGCAAUACUCUAUCAGGAAUUCAAAAGGUGUAUGCAGCUGGCAGGCUGCAAAUCCAUUUCUGAAAUCAGUCCUUCAAGCUUGGGAGUUGUUCGGUCAGAUGGGCCGCUGGCAAGGAUUUAG